AUCACUCAAGCCUAUUCUCCAUUGUGGAACCAACAAAUCUCCAAGCUCUCCCAAUUUAGAAACGAGAGAUGGCCAUGACGAUGACCCUCGGUUCCAUGCUCAUCGCCGCCGCCGCAGUUGUCGGCCUGUGCUCCGUCGCUCCCGCUGCAUCAGCGCGCGAGGAGCCACUACAGCCGCAGAUCGUCGGCGGGUGGAAACCGAUCAAGAACGUGAACGACCCCCACGUCCAAGAGAUCGGCCGGUGGGCGGUUUCGGAGCACAUCAAGACGGCCAACGACGGGCUGGGCUUCGGCAGGGUGGUGAGCGGCGAGGAGCAGAUCGUCGCCGGGAAAAACUACAGGCUGCGCAUUCAAGCGACGAAGGUCGGCGGGCAGAAGGCGAUGUACCGUGCGGUGGUGUACGAGCAGCUUACCAACACAAGGCAGCUCCUAUCGUUUGAUCCGGCGAACUGAUCUAAUUAUGGCGUCGCUGGACAACAACGGUUCGAGUCGCCUUCUAGGAUUUCAGAUUAAAAUUCUGCAAGUACCGCGUGUAACAAACCAACUGAUGUGUUGCCCUAGUCAUAUCGUGGAAUUAGAAUAAGAUCCAGCCUAUCUUUAUCUGUUUUUAAUGUUAAAAGGAAAUAAUGAACUCAGAGUCGAGAUAAAAUUA